AUGUUCUUGACGCCUACGAGGGCUUCCGCCUGCACCUCGGCGCGCUCGAGCUGCCGUGGGGCGCGCGACGCGACGGCCGGUGUCAUGGCGAGCGUCAUGGCCAAGACGGCCGUGUUCCCGCUCGACCUCGUGCGCAAGCGCAUCCAGGUGCAGGGCCCGACGCGGGCGCGCUACGUCCACAAGAACAUCCCCGAGUACCAGGGCGCUUUGGGGGCGCUCCGGACGAUCCUCAAGGUCGAGGGCGUCAGGGGCAUGUACCGUGGUCUCGUCGUCAGUCUCGUCAAGGCGGCGCCGGGGAGUGCUGUGACGGUGUGGACGUAUGAGAGGAUGCUCAACUGGCUGAUCCGCAUGGACGGUCCUGGGUCGGACGAAGGGCGGGUGUGA